UAAUGCCGUGCUGCCAACGUCCAGAAUGGGGCAGGAGCCGUUGGACAGUCCACAGGAAACUAUCAACAAAGAAGCCAAUGAAUUCCUGAUGUCCGGAACGGCCAACGAUCUCUGCUGUGAUGGUUCUGUGAGUGACUCCUUAUAUGAUAUGAUCAGAGAUGAUUUAUUUGUUGACGUUAAUCAUAGUUGUGUUGUUGUCAAAGGUCGCUUGAGAGAGAACAUUGCUUUCUGGCAAAAUAUCGGUGCUAGUAAUUGGCUACUGAGAGUUAUUCGUGAAGGUUAUUGUUUGCCGUUUGUUGAGUUACCUGAGGUGAAGUUUUUUCAGAAUCACAGGAGCGCGUUAUGCAAUGCUGAGUUUAUGUCUGCUGAGAUUUCUAAAUUGCUGAAGUCGGGUGCAUUGGUGGAGGGUAGUCCUGCGGACCUUCUUGUGUGCAGUCCAUUGGGCGUAGCCAUGAAUAGUUCAGGGAAACUUAGGCUUAUUGUGGAUUUACGCUAUGUCAAUCAACAUCUCCGAUCAUGUAAAUUCAAGUACGAGGACAUACGUACAGCAGCUGAUUUGUUCCAAAAAGGUGACUGGUUCUUUAAAUUUGAAUAUACCAGUGGAUAUCACCAUUUAGAAAUUUUUCCAGAGCAUACAAAGUUCCUUGGCUGCUCUUGGACGGUUGAUGGUUCCUGUAAGUUUUUUAAGUUUACCGUUUUGCCUUUCGGCCUUUCAGUUGGACCUUUCAUCUUUACAAAGAUCCAAAAAGCCCUGACGAAGCACUGGAGAAGGCACGGAAUUCGUUUAUUUACUUACCUAGAUGAUGGUGCAGGGGCGGAUUCUGAUUUCUCUGAAGCACAGCGGGUUUCGGACAUGGUGCAAGCGGAUGUGCGGCGUAGCGGUUUUGUGGCCAAUGAUGUGAAGAGCCAGUGGGUACCAGUCCAAUCCGGGGAGCUGUUGGGUUAUGUCCUGAAUUUACGUGCCGGAACUUUUCAAGUCCCCCAACGAAGGGUAGAUACUUUUCACCAUAUGCUAAGGGAUGUUAUAGCUCAUAAGUUUGUAGUAUCUGCACGCACGGCAGCCCGGUUCACAGGACUCCUGGCUUCCAUGAGUUUGACGCUGGGUCCAGUGGUACGCCUUUGGACUAGAAGCUUAUACCGGACAUCCUACAAGCUGCUUCGUGGGACAGCCCUUUCCAGUUAUCUGCAGAUGCCCAAGGUGAGAUUGUUUUCUGGGAGAAGAAUUAUCGUAAUACAGGCUAUCCGAUUUGGGCUCCUAGUCCGAAGCCUGAAGUUUUGACUUACUCAGAUGCUAGUGAUUCUGGUUGGGGCGGAUUUGCUGUUCAGGUUGGGGGACAAGUGGCAGUAGGAAGUUGGUCACUCGAUGAGAGUAACAAGAGCUCCACCUUCCGGAAACUGCGGGCAACUGGUCUAGUUCUGAAGUCUUUUGCUCCCCUGCUAAGAGGCAAGGAGGUUCUACACAGAACUGACAAUAAGAACACUGAGAUCAUUCUCUCGAUAAGCAGCCGCAAAUCCGACCUUCGCAAUGAGGCAGUUAAUAUCUUUAGGCUGUGCAGGGAGUUUAACAUUCGUCUAACCGUGGGAUGGAUCAGCAGGGAUUUGAAUGGGGUUGCUGACGAGCUGUCGCGGAUUGAGGAUUCAAACGACUAUAAGCUCGAUCCUU